GGAAGCGGCCCUCACAGAAGUCCACUAGUUCCUGGCAGGAUGGCCUCUCAUCGUCUGCUUCUCCUCUGCCUUGCUGGACUGGUAUUGGCGUCUGAGGCUGAUCCUGUGGGCACUGGUGAAGCCAAGUGUCCUCUGAUGGUCAAAGUCCUAGAUGCCGUCCGAGGCAGUCCUGCUGUCGGUGUAGUUGUGAAAGUGUUCAAAAAGGGUGCUGAUGACACCUGGGAGCCAUUUGCCACUGGGAAAACUGGUGAAACUGGAGAGCUGCACGGGCUCACAACCGACAAGGACUUUGUAGAAGCGAUGUACAAAGUGGAAUUAGAUACCAAGUCCUACUGGACGGCACUUGGCAUUUCCCCAUUCCAUGAACAUGCGGAGGUGGUGUUCACGGCGAACGACUCCGGCCGCCGCCACUACACCAUCGCGGCCCUGCUCAGCCCCUACUCGUACUCCACCACCGCAGUGGUCACCAACCCCAAGGAGUGAGGGGCUGGGAGGAGGCCUGGGCCGCGCGUAACCAACAGCAUUCCAUUUUUACGAAAGCAGUAUCCUCAUCGAUAAGCUACGUUAGAAACUCAGGAAGACACGUUAAGACAUUCCUAUUAAAGCAUGUCUCAUUCCAUUGGA